AUGAAUAUUAAAUCAUUUUUCACAAUUGUUAAAAAACAUUUAACCAUACUUACCAGCUGUUUUGCUUACACUAUAACAAAACAAAAAAAAUUAGAAACACCCAUGUCUUAUAAAGACGUAGAAGAAUUCAAAAUUGCAUUAAAAGAAAUAGCUUACACAUCUUUAAAUUUAACAUCCGAAUACGACCGAGUACGUUGUGCUGAAUGGGUAAGAAAAUUGUGUGGCAUAGCUACGGAUAACUUGGAAGAUUGCAAAGUUAGAAAUGAUUAUAUACAAUAUUUGAAGAUUACUUUAAGGUCUGGUUUACUUCAUGGUAUCUUCAUGCAUUUGCCACCUGAUGGAGACUUGAAACCACUAUCUGAACAUUUGGGACAAGAAAUAGUUAAACGCAUACCGAGCCUGUCAGAUGUAGGGCCAAUAGCACCUUACAUGAAAUACCAGUCACAAGAUGGAAAGGCAUAUCUAUCUAUAAAAAAGAUUGGAGGAAAAGGGGUGUUUUGUUAUAUGGCUGUAUCGCCCGAUGGAAUAUAA